AUGGCGACUUCAAAGAUUCAGCAGUGGUUUCCAUGGGUGGAAUCGCCAGUGAUAGCCAAUGCGCCCAUGGCUGGCGUCGUCAGCGCGGAACUUGCCGCUCAAGUUGCCAAAGCAGGCGGGCUCGGCUUCCUGGGCUGCAUCGCCGACGUCAGCGAUAACUCGCCCCAAAUCACCAAACUGGACGCCGACCUCACCAAGAUUCGACAGCUUCUGGGAGACGCCGCCACCACGCCCUCGGGCCACCUCGGCAUAGGCUGCGGCUUCCUCUCAUGCCACAGCUCCAUAGGCAACUUUGCGGCGACGGCGCUGCCCGUGAUCCAGAGGCACAAGCCCGCGGCGGUGUGGCUGUUCGCGCCGCACGAGAGCAUCCGGCCGCAGAAGGAGAUUGUGCGGCUGCUCAAGGGGCUGGAGACGGCGCCGAGGGUGUUUGUCCAGGUGGGCAAUGUGAGGGCGGCGGAGGAGGCCAUCAAGGAUGGGGCGGAUGUGAUUGUGUGUCAGGGGACGGAUGCUGGGGGGCAUCAGUUUGUGAGGGGGAUGGGGGCGGUGCCGUUGCUGGCUGAGACGAGGAAGUUGGUUGAUGAUAAGGGGUAUAGUCAAGUUGUUCUGUUUGCGGCGGGAGGUGUUUCGGAUGGCAAGGGCGUGGCGGCGAUGUUGACGCUCGAAGCUGAUGGCGUUGUCUUGGGCACAAGAUUCACCGUUGCCGAAGAAAGUCUCAUGCCCGAGUUCCGCAAGAAGAUCAUCCUCGACACCACUGACGGCGCCCUUUCCACCCUCAAGUCCCCCUUCAACGACCAGAUUGCCAACUCGGGCCUUUGGGGAUCCCUCUACGACGGCAGAGCGGUUGUUGGACCCAUUCACGAAAAGUUUCUUGCUGGGGCGUCGUUUUACGACUGCUGGAGGAGCUUGCAUGAUGAUCAUCCACCCGAGGAGAGUGAGAAGUUGAUCAACACCUGGGCCGGCGCCGGCAUUGGGUUGGUGACGAAGGCGCAGCCUGCAGGUGAGAUUGUACGUGAAGUUCGUGAGGGAGCCAAGCAGGCUAUUCGAAAGGUUGCCUCUCGUGUAUAA